AUGUCUUCUUCUCUUCCCCUGACCUUCAAUUCCCUUAUUUCAUGGCAGAAAUCAUCAAGAAUUCCUUCAGAAUUCAAUAACAAUGCCAUUGGAUUCCCAAAUUUCAACAAACCCACGUCUCUUUCCCUCUCGAAAUCUCACAUUUGCUUCACAUUUAACAACAAUAGCUCGGAAUACGAACGGGAAGAGACCAGGUGGCUCCGGGAGGAGCAGCGGUGGAUGCGGGAGGAGCAACGGUGGAUACGGGAGGAACAGCGGUGGGAGGCUGAGAGAGAGUCUCUUCUGAAUGAAAUCAAAACCCUAAAACUUCAAAUCGAAGAGCUGAGACGUGAAGGGGGUAAUACUUCUGUUUCAAAUGUUGCGAAGUUGUUGCAUGUGUUGAAGAAAGAGGUGAACCAGAUUUCGGAUAGUGGGUCUAGUGCAGCGCCGUUGGUGGUGGAGGCUGCUGCUGCUGCUGCCGCCGUUGAGGAUGCUGAAGAGGUGGUGGUGAAAGAGGUGAUUAAGGUUGCAGAGGAGACAAAGGGGAGAAAUAAGGAUAAAGAGGUGAAGAAGAAGAGGGCAAUGUUGAGGGUAGGAUCAGAAGGUGAUCAGGUUAAAAUACUGCAGGAGGCAUUGCAGAAACUGGGAUUUUAUUGCGGCGAGGAAGAUGAAGAGUUUUCUAGCUUCUCAAGUGGCACAGAAAGGGCUGUAAAAACAUGGCAGGCUUCCAUAGGUGUGCCUGAAACUGGAGUCAUGACAGCAGAACUUCUAGAAAGAUUAUAUAUGGAGCAAAGUGAAGGGACUUCUGGUUUCAAGGAAGGUGAAAAUGGAGUUGCUGUGACCUCAGUAACUCAAGUACCCGAAAUUCUUUCGAGAGUUGUGAAAGAAUACGUAGAACCCGAUGUGUAUGAUAACCGCGUCUUUCUUCUCGGCGAAAACAGAUGGGAAGAUUCGUCGAGGCUUAAAAAUCGAAACAAACAAGAUAGUCAAGUAAGUCAAACGGAUAGCAAAGGCGUUGUGACGAAAAGAUGUAUUACGUGUUGUGGGAUAGGACAUUUACAGUGUGCAGAAUGUGAUGGAACUGGUGAGCCAAAUAUAGAACCACAGUUUUUAGAAUGGGUUGGUGAAGACACCAAGUGCCCAUACUGUGAAGGCAUUGGUCAUUCAAUUUGUGAUGUUUGCCAAGGAACAGGAUUCACUACUGCCUAAAUCAUCACUUUGGAGAUUCAAUUAUCAUACAUAUCAUACAUGUAAUGUAACUCUUUGUAUACUUAUUUUUUCCCUUCAUAAAACGACAUAGCGUAGAGCUGUAGACUAUGGAGAUCAAAGUCGAUUUGCAUAUAUCGACAUUGGAAGGUGAUAUUGUAAGAAGAUAAGACAUCGAUGUAAUUGGUUUCGGGGUUAUAUCAAAUUUUACGGAUAAGGUUUAGCCAAAUAGCGAAAGGUAUAU